AUUUUUCUACUUGCUUAUUUCUUGCCUAGCGACGGCCCGGCGGCCGGUUGCUCCCAACAGAACUCCCCAGGGGCCCGAGCUGACAUCGGAGUGAGACCCCAGCCCUCGGCCGGGGUUCUUUCCAUCCAGAGGAGACGGAUUCAGAGGGGCUGCAGACCAAGGUUGUUGAAAACCAAACAUAUGAUGAGCGUCUAGAGAUUAACGACUCGGAAGAGGUUGCAAGUAUUUAUACUCCAACCCCAGGACACAAAGGACCUCCUCGGUCUGCCCAUCUGCUUAACAAGACUAUGGCAGAUAACAGCAGUGAUGAGUAUGAAGAAGAAAAUAAGGUCCUAAGUGAGGGCAUGCCACAGGCUCCAGGCCACAGAGGCAAAGACAUGGACCCCAUCCCAACUGCCUCUGCAAGCCCCAAGCACCACCAGACCCCUUCUCAUGGACUUGAGAGGGUGGGAUGGUACAUAGAGAACCAGAAGCUCAGAAAGGAGAAGAAGAAGCUGACACCCCAACGGGGAUUUAGUGAAAAUGAUGAUGAUGAUGAUGACGAUGACGACGACUCAUCUGAAACAGACUCCGAUGAUGAUGAUGAUGAUGAAGAGCAUGGCGCCCCUCUGGAAGGGGCCUAUGAUCCUGCGGAUUACGAUCAUUUGCCAGUUUCUGCUGAGAUUAAGGAACUCUUCCAGUAUAUCAAUAGGUACACACCUCAGUUGAUUGACCUGGACCACAAACUGAAACCUUUCAUUCCUGAUUUUAUCCCAGCUGUUGGGGAUAUUGAUGCAUUCUUAAAGGUCCCACGUCCUGAUGGAAAACCUGACAACCUUGGCCUGUUGGUAUUAGAUGAACCUUCUACAAAACAGUCUGACCCUACUGUGCUCUCGCUCUGGUUAACAGAGAAUUCCAAACAACACAACAUCACACAACAUAUGAAAGUAAAGAGCCUGGAAGAUGUAGAAAAGAAUCCCAAAGCCAUUGACACGUGGAUUGAGAGCAUCUCUGAGUUACACCGUUCUAAGCCUCCAGCAACUGUGCACUAUACGAGGCCCAUGCCUGAUAUUGACACACUGAUGCAAGAAUGGUCCCCAGAGUUUGAAGAGCUUUUGGGCAAGGUAAGCCUGCCCACGGCAGAGAUUGAUUGCAGCCUGGCAGAGUACAUUGACAUGAUCUGUGCCAUUCUGGACAUCCCCAUCUAUAAGAGUCGGAUUCAGUCCCUCCACUUGCUCUUUUCUCUCUACUCGGAAUUCAAAAACUCACAGCAUUUUAAAGCCUUAGCUGAAGGCAAGAAAGUAUUUACUCCUCCAUCCAAUUCCACCUCCCAAGCUGGAGAUGCAGAGACAUUAACCUUCAGCUGAGACUCCUCCCUGGUCACAUGGUCUCAAGGAUAAGCUGGCUUCUCUACUCCAGCUGAAGAUGGCCAGACGGUAUCCUUGCCAGUGCCACAGUUUGACUCAGGGACAUGCAUGUCCUGCAAACCUCUCUACCAGAAAGCACUGCACAUACUUAAACUGUUGCUACAUGGCUCAGAUUUCCUUCCCUAAGCAGUAAUGUAUCACCGCCACUGGGGAUUUGGGUUAGAGGAAUUAGAAUUUUGAGGAUCUCAGGACGCUCAAGAUGGAAGGAAAGCUUAAUAGAUGAUCUUGUUGAUAACAGUAAUGGAAUUCUUUUUUCACUCGUAGAUUUAGUUGAUAAGAUUUUACAAAUAAAAUAUUCUUUCAAGUUAUCCUGCUGUUGUAUAAUAUAAAAGACAAAAGGCUGAUUGAGCACAAGGUAGAGAUAAGGAACUUGGCUUAUUUAGUAAUAGGCUUAAGUGGAUAGCAGUUUAAGCAAACCAAUGUUGUGACAUCAAUCAAACCCCCUUUUCUCUCAGAACUUAAUUUUUCUAGGGUUCUCUCAUCUGUCAGUGCUGACUCCCUUACAGGUUACCUGCCUGUCUAACUGCAGACCUGCCUGUUGUGGAGAAAUGGGUAGGUCAUUUAAGUGGAAAGUAAACAAGUAAACUGCCUAUUUUGGGAGGGUAAAGCUUAGAUUAGAUGACUGAAGUACAUUAAAAAUUGAUGUUUUUUCCCCCCAGAAAAAGAAAACUGUCAUUAAGGAGCAUUAGUAAUGCUUGAAAAUUCCAUGAUCCUUAGAUCAAAAAGAUUUCAGAAAUAUCCAAGAAGGAACUAGAUCAAGGAUGCUCCCCCAAUGAAAAUUGUCAGAAGAAUUUUAGAAAAACUAUACAGUGAAUCCUUUAUACCCACCACCUAAAUUCUACAGAUAUUUUGCUAAAUUUGCUUUAUCACAUAGCCAUUUCUCUGUACUAUCAUUAAUUCAUCUUACUUUUUGAUAAAUUUCAAAAUAUGUUGCACUUAACCCCUAAACACUUCAGCAUGCAUGUAAUUAGCUGGCAUUUUAUGUUUAUUCAUGGUCCUGUAGUCAGAUGAAAUUUAUAGAGUGAAAUGUACAAAUUAGUUUGAUCUUUUAACUAGUUUUAUUGAAGUAUAAUUCAUGCAUCCUAAAUUAUAUAUAUUGCAAAUUAUAUAAUUCAGUGUUUGUUUGUUUUAAAGAUUAUUUAUGCACACAAGAGCUGGGGUACAGGCCAGAGGUUUGAGGGGUGAGAGGAUUCACCAGAGACAGAGUGGGGAAAAGAUUGAUUGAAAUACACUGCUGAGGGGAGCAGCGGGUAAGUCAGGAGAGGUCUGCUACGCCAUGUGGGUUUCUCCCUGACCAGGGAUCAAACUCGUGCUGUAGUGGCUGCAGAUAGCUUCAUAGGUUGCUUCUUAACCCCUUGCGCCACCAGGGAGGCCGUAUAAUUCAGUGGUUUUUGGUGCACAAAGUUGCUCACUGAUCACUACUUAUUCCAUAACAUUUUCAUUACCUCAAAAAGAAACUCUAUGAGCAGUCACUCCCCAUUUGACAAUCUCUACCUAAACCUAGAGUCUAUAGCUUUGCCUAUUGAGGGCAUUUGCUUAUCAUCAUAUAAAGGGAGUCAUACAUAUCUUGGGUUUAGCUUCUCUCAGGAUAUUUUCAAAGUUCAACCAUGUUGUAAUUUGAUAGUCCAGCCCUUAGCAAACACUAAGGGAGAGUUGCCAGGAAGAACAGACUUUUCUACUACAGUAAGACCUUGAUUGCACCUGAGGGGAGUGUAGGGCUUGUAGUCUGGCCAAAAGACCAUUAAGGAAGGGACUCUAGGACCUCCCUAGGGGCACUGGACAAGACUCAACAGAAAUGACAGCAAGGCACCCUGGCUCCUUAAAGUUCUGAAGUCUUGAAGGAGCCUACAUGCAAAAUCA